ACUGAGCUCAGGGUGUGGGUAACCCAGAGAGUGCUGUGCUGAUCAGUAACCUGACUGAGAGAUUCCACAAGUGAGCCCAGAGAGUGGUCCAGAUCCCCAGGACUGAACAGCAACCCCCCCUGGGAAUGGCUACGGGACCCCUACUCACCCUGGUUAGUCUUUACGCUCUGGUCUGGACCUCUCACGGUCAGCAACUUCAUCCGAAUGGAACUAACGUUUGUUCAUCAGCAAGAGAUCCUCCAUCACUGAGCUGCUGUCCAGGCUGGAGGCAGCAGGGCAAUGAGUGCUCCAUCGGCACUGCUGAGUUUCUCCAGCACACUUUCCUGUUUGAUUACUCAGCGAUCUGCGACGGGCCACAUUCCUGCAGCCCGCAAGAGAUCUGCAUCCGGCCUGGAGUCUGCCGCUGUCCCCACGGAUUCUUCGGAGCCAAGUGCGUGACCAGGUGUCCGGAUCAGUUUUGGGGUCCGGACUGUCGGAAUGAGUGUCCGUGCCACCCGAACGGGAGGUGUGAAGCGAGGACAGGGAGGUGCCUGUGUUACCGCGGUUACUGGGGCCCACGGUGCAGCAGGAAGUGUGACUGUCUCCAUGGCCAGUGUGAUAGCAGUACCGGGAGCUGCCAGUGUGAGGCAGGCUGGUGGGGACAUGACUGCAGCAGACUGUGUCGCUGUGAGACAGGGAAGUCAGUGUGUGACCCACAGACAGGGAGGUGUCUCUGCUCCCCUGGGUACUGGGGCACACGGUGUAACCUGCUGUGUUACUGUCACCGCUCGCCAUGUGGCCAGCUAACCGGGGUGUGUGAGUGUACCGCCGGCUGGUGGGGGCCUCUGUGUGAACGCCGCUGUGCCUGUCUACAUGGAUUCUGUAACUCCACCAAUGGGCACUGCGUGUGCCAGCCCGGCUAUCACGGCACAACCUGCAACCAGCCCUGCCAGACUGGCCUCUACGGAGAGAACUGCCGCAAGAGGUGCGGUCACUGUAAGGAUGCAGAGCAGUGCUCCCCCAGCGAUGGUUCCUGCCCAGCCUGUUUGCAGGGAUGGACCGGGAGUCAGUGUGAGCGGCCGUGCCCCCCAGGAGCACACGGGGAAAACUGUACAGAGCACUGUCCCCACUGCAGGCAUGGGGAACCCUGCAACGCCAUCACUGGUCACUGCCGAAGCUGCAACCCUGGCUGGAUUGGCCCCAGGUGUGACACCCGCUGUGUGUCUGGGACGUUUGGUCUUGGUUGUCAAUCCAUCUGUCCUGACUGUAACCAUGGAAACUGUCACCAUAUCGCAGGGGAGUGUGUGUGCCAUGAGGGAUAUACAGGAGCCAGAUGUAACCUCACGUGUCUGAGUGGAUUUUAUGGUCUGAAUUGUUCGACUUCCUGUCACUGUCUUGGAGCGGCCUGUGACCCUGUGACUGGAGACUGUCCUUUCAGUCAGGGCGGCGUUGUGAUCGCUGUUGUUGUGGUGUCGCUACUCAUCCUGCUCUGCAUCUUGUGCUGCUGUUGUUGUGGAAACGACAAGAACGAUCCCAAGGACAGGACACUGGAGGAGGAACAUGGUCCGAUUACACGGAUGAAACACCACGUCCGGGGAGUUCUGCUCAAUCUUGGCUCCGGAAUACUGUGCUUCUCGUUCGGAAAUCAGAAACUGCCCAAAGUGACCGUUUCCCACCAUGACGCUGAUGUCAGUUUCAACUGCAGUUUCAUUGACUCUCCCUCAGCUGGAUGGGAGUCUGUCUCAUUCUCCUCCUUCGGCACUGAUGAGGGGGAACCUGUCUACUGUGUCCCUCCUCAGGAAGGAAGCUUGUUGCUGACUCCUGAAGCCGGUUUUCAGGAAUUGAGUUCCCGCUGUAACUAUUUCCCGGUGGAGCAGUCGGAGCCGAACAGUGAGGACACUGUGCAGCCGCUGAACAUUCCUCGGACCUCCAGCAUUGUGAAAGCUCACCGGCCCUCUGUCUCGUUUGCUGAGGGCACCAAAUUCGGGCCUGAGUGGAGGCGGGGCUCGAUGCCCGAGAGCAGGGUCAUCCCUGCGGCCAAUGCCCAGCGGAAAAGGAAGCUGUCCUGGACUCUCAGUAAGUUAUCGCCCAUUGAGUCGGUACCAGGGCAGUCUGAAUGCCAGCCUUACCAGUGUAUCGAUGUGCCCGGUGUCUACCCUGACGGCAGAGCUCCAUCCCACCACAGUCUGACCUCUCCCGGGGCACGUGCUGGGGAGCACACAGCUCCCUCCCCCAUGGCCCCCAGAGACCCCCAGGGUCUGGAGCCGAGGGGCUCCCCGGUCACACCGGCAGGGACCAGGAUUGGUGGCAGUAGCCAGAAGGCGCCGACACGGGAACCUCAGCGCUCCUCCAGGAUCUGGGCCAGCACCGCAGAUGGAAUCGGAGUCGGCACGGUCCAGGCAAUGCUGAGGAGGUUCGGAAGUUUCCAGAAGCAACGGUCAGCUCCCCAGGAGGAGCUGGGUCCUCGCGCCCGGGGACAGAACGUCUCCAAACUGCAGCGCACGCUGGAGAAGAAGCUGAGGUCGUGUGCGUCAGCGGGUGAGGCUGCCUCUCCCAGUGUGCACUGUUCCCCAGGGUCCCAGCAGAGCCCAGCAGGCAGUACCAGCACCCUGCCCAGGAAGGCCCUGAUCCCAACCACACCCAUCCUCCACAAACUGGUGGCCAAUGUCACAGAGGGCACACAGGGGCGGCUGGACAUGCUGCACCCCUCCAGCCAAUCCGAACCCUCUCCCGGGCUGGAGCCCGAGAUCCCGGGCGGGCAGCAGGAACCCCGGCAGAAUGCUCUGUGAAGGAAACCCGGAGAUAGAGAGAGAGGUUCACACUGACCCAGAGGGUGGGGGCAGACAGCGACCACUCUCUGCCCCCCCCACCCCCCAGGGUGGUAGCGGGGGAGAGGGGAGGGUGGUCAAUGCUGAGCCUGACUUGGUCAAACAUAUAAAACACCCCACCCUGGCAGACACCCUGGGGAGGGUGGGGGGACGGGAGAAUGGAGGGAUCAGGUCAGUGGGGGAUCGGGUCAACAGUCAGGGAUAGUGAUGGGCUGCUAGAUCCUAGUUUUACAUUAUUGUGAAAAUCCCCCGCUCCAUCUCAUUGGCUGGGCAACAAUGAAGUGGUGACCAAUGGGAAUGACCGAGGGGAGUGACCAAGGGAGGUGACUGAUGGGGCUGUUUGAGAGAGAUGACCGAGGGGACUGACCGAACAAAUCAAACAGGAGUAUGGCAAGGUGUUGGGGGA